AUGGCUACUCACGCAGUGGACGCCCGCUUCGUUGCGGCUGGGAAGGUGAUUUCGCCGCCCAUCGUUCGCCAGUGUCGUCAGUAUAGGCGCAUACCCGUGGCCGCAGGUACCCUACCAUCAGACCAGUUGACAAGGCACACUGUUCAGGGGGUUUGGGACCUUGUCAAGGGGCGUGGUGAACAAAGACCAAAGCCAACGUUGGUUUGUCUGUCAAACCCAGGCACCAACAUGGAAUAA